UCGAACGAAUGCAGUUAAUUUUUUGACGUUUGGUUUAUAGCGUACCAUUCGACAUAAGCGACAUGAUCAUUAACGCCGUUCGUUUGGUAUAUCGUGUGUAUGAUUGUUUGCUUCGUCUGCAAUUGGUGUUUGAAGUUUAGCUUUUAGUGUUUUGCUGUUUCGUCCGGAGGUUCCAAAUUCUGGAAACUGUGUUCGUUGGUAAAAAUUAAUUGAGUUUCCGGUGAAAAUGGCACAUAAUUCGAUCUAUUUGCUUGUGCUUGGAGUGGUGUUCAUCACCUUUACCGUACAAAUGGUCUUAGGUAUUAAGUGUUGGGAAUGCAGAUCGGACUCGGAUCCAAAGUGUUCGGAUCCUUUCGACAACAGUACUCUUCAGAUAACAGACUGCAGGCAGGUAGAACCGAAGGAACAUUUACCUGGUGUGAGAGCUACAAUGUGUAGAAAGAUUCGACAGAAAGUUCACGGUGAAUGGCGCUACUUCCGAAGCUGUGCCUUCAUGGGAGAACCUGGUAUUGAGGGAGAUGAACGCUUUUGUUUGAUGCGAAGUGGAACUUACAACAUUUUUAUGGAAUAUUGCACCUGCAAUAGCAAGGAUGGAUGCAACGCAGCUUCUCAAUUUGCGCCGCAGUUUGCUUCUGUGCUGAGUCUGGCAAUUAUAGGUUUUAUUUUGUAUCGUGUAUUUUAAGGGCUUCCAAUCUCUCUUAGGUUCUAUUGAACACAAUCCAAUAGCUGAUAUCCUUAAAUACCUCUGUAAUCUCUAUAAAUGUUUUCACUUAUCAUUCCAUGAUUAUGUGCCUUCUUAGCUAUAACUGACCUGUACUUGAACUUGCACGUUACAAAGUUAGCCUUAUUGACUGUUAAGAGAUUAACAGAAAAGUGAAAUCAAAAUAAAUUAAUUGUAAGAGAUCUUAAUACGUCACAUAGUCCGUCCUAGAGUAAUGUUAGGCAUUUUACCUAAUUUUAAAGAAUAUCAAAGUCGGAGCUUUUAUUUUAGAUUCAAUAAGCAAUAAAUGUAUAUAUGUAUUGUAGUGCAUUUAUCAAAGUGCUAACGAAAUAAAAUGCAUUUUAAGGAAAGCACAAAACGAUGCAGUCCAGAGAAUAAAUGUUCUUUGUCUGGUUAGCUGUUCAAUAUUUAUCGGUCAUAUCCGGCUGAAGAAAAACUAUUUGUUGAUAGAAUAUUUUACAUUCGUAUUUUUCGACCUUUAGAUUGAAAAAAUAUGUUUAAAAGCUUUAUUAGCUCAGAAAUCUUUUCAAAAUGAUAAACUCGAGAGGAUGGUUUAAAUCAGAUAGAAACACUACUCAAAUUUGUCUGGAAUUAUAUGCAGAUUUUUGUACACCAAUAAAAUGUUUUAUUUUUCUUCAAAAUAAAUCAAUUCGUAAACAUUCGUAAAGUUCUCGAAUCACAUACACCCACAUUCGGUAUUUCGAUCAAAAGAUCACUAAGAUUAAAAAAAAAGGCAGGUGGGUAAUGUCAGAGACAUAACUGGAUGACGUGAAUACGAAUAAAACUGGCACGCUUCCUUCACACCUCCGAAUAUCAUUAGUUAAUCGAUUGUGUGAAUUGUGCAAGCUUUCCUCUUCUUCAAUACUAGAAUUUGAAACGAUGUGCCUACGCUAAAGUACGGAUUAGUAACAUAAAACAUAUC